GUUCUGGUGUUAUGCAGACUAAAGUGGUUUUCCUGGCCUACAGUGAUGGAGGUGGUUGCUGUAUGUGUCUAGAUGUCUGAAAGUACACUUAAAAUGCUUUCUAUUUACUGUUUAAGAAAGUCAAGUAAAGCUGGAAGGUUAUUUUGUACUUUGACUUGAGAUGGGAUCAUAACUAGAAAUUCCCUAUGGAGAUAAUCAGUAACAUGUAUUCCUGUUAAAGGCUUUUACGUUCAUGGUGUUGGUCAGUCUAAGAAAGGAUGAAUCAUAAAAAUCAUGUACGAACCUUUCUUUGGCCUAGUAUUGUAGUGAGUCCAGGGGCUAGUUUAGCAAACAUACCAAACCUCCCUACAGUAAUGUUUAUGCAGCAAAAAAUAUGUACACACAGAUUAGAUCACAUCUAUACAUAGACUAUAUUUGAAUACUUAUGCUGGUCUGUCACAAGGUGAUCUGAAUCUUCAAAAGUGAAACCUGGAAUAUGGCUUCUCUUGUGGCAGUUUGGUUAGUUUGCCACGUAGUACAGUUUGCUGGGUAGUUCUAGGAACCGAGUAUCCAAAACUGAAGUAUCAGUAUCAUCAGAAUGAACUGGAAUGGAGCAGAAUGUCUGGAGAAUAAUAAGAGCAUUGAAUGAAUGCCUUGCUGCUCUACCUCAGCAGCAGCUUCAAAAAGUCAGUCACAUUGGCAUUUCAGGACAAAUGCACGGGAUUGUGUUUUGGAAAAAAGAUAAAGGUUGCAAGUGGACAGAGCGUGGCACAGGCCCUACGUUUGAGCCGGAGGGUGUCAGUCAUCUGAUUACUUGGCAAGACGGCCGCUGCAGUCCCACCUUCCUCUCUUCUCUUCCUCUGCCGCAGUCACAUGUCAGCUUGGCUACAGGAUUUGGGUGUGCCACAAUCUACUGGUAUUUAAAGGAGAGUCCAGAUUUUCUGAAGUCUUAUGAUGCAGCUGGCACUAUCCAUGACUAUGUGGUUGCCAUGUUGUGUGACCUGAAGAAGCCACUCAUGUCUGUCCAGAAUGCUGCCAGCUGGGGAUAUUUUAAUUGCAGAAGCAACAGCUGGAAUACUGACAUAUUGAAAAAAUCAGGCUUUCCUGUGCACUUGCUUCCAGAGGUGGGAGACCCAGGCAGUAUUGCGGGCAGCACAAUCUGUGCAUGGCAUGGAAUACCCAAAGGAGCAAAAGUAGGAAUCGCUCUGGGAGAUUUCCAGUGCUCUGUUUAUUCCUGCCUAACUGAGAGGACUGAUGCAGUUCUUAAUAUCAGCACCUCUGCUCAGCUGACUGUCUCAAUGCCCCCGGGUUUCCAACCUCCAGAGACACCGGAUCCUUCCUCAGCUAUUACUUAUUUUCCCUACUUCAAUGGUGACUACUUGGCAGUGGCAGCAUCACUUAAUGGAGGCAAUGUGCUAGCAACGUUUGUGGACAUGGUGUCACGGUGGACAGAAGAGCUAGGACUUCAGGUUCAGGAAUCUGCUAUCUACAUGAAGAUAAUCGAAGCAGCCUUGGACCAAAAUGACAGCAAACUCUCCAUCCACCCGACCAUUUUUGGAGAGAGACACCUGCCUCAGCAGUUGGCAUCAGUGGCUAAUAUUGCUGUCUCUGACCUCUCCCUGGGUCAUGUAACCAGAGCUCUCUGCCGUGGCAUCGUGGAAAACCUCUGUUCCAUGUUACCUGUGCAGCGCCUGAUGGAGACGGGAGUGAGGAGGGUUCUGGGCAGUGGGAGUGCCCUUGCCAGGAAUGAGGUGCUGAGGCAGGAAGUGGAAAGGAUUUUUCCAUUCCCUGUGGUUUAUGGGAAGGACGUUGAUGCUGCUGUGGGGGCUGCCAUGGUGAUGUUCCACAGAAAAUAAAGUCAUUGUUUGGAAUAGCCUGA